CUCAGCAAGAAAACCAGCAUCAUGACCGGACGAGGCAAAGGAGGAAAGGGGCUCGGAAAGGGUGGCGCAAAGCGUCAUCGCAAGGUGUUGCGUGAUAACAUCCAGGGUAUCACCAAGCCUGCCAUCCGUCGUCUUGCUCGCCGUGGAGGUGUCAAGCGUAUCUCUGGUCUCAUCUACGAAGAAACCCGUGGUGUCCUCAAGGUGUUCCUCGAGAACGUGAUCCGUGACGCCGUCACCUACACCGAGCACGCCAAGAGGAAGACCGUCACCGCCAUGGACGUCGUCUACGCUCUCAAGCGCCAGGGACGUACCCUGUACGGUUUCGGAGGUUAAAUGUCUUGACCGACAACUACCAUCAAAACAAACAACCCCCACCAAACCAAAAACCUUGGACCUAUUUUAGGUCCUACAAAUACUCAUAAAGAGGAUACAAUUUGACAAUGUGUGUAUGUUAUCUGUUUAUCUGGUUUUAUUGAUAAAUCAACACGAGUCCCCAGUAUUGCGAUUACAAAUAUUGAUUUGUGUUGCAUCUGUACUGAUUCUUUUUCUCAUUACUUUAAAUAUUAUUAUCA